GGACCGGAUGUCGGGGUCCUAUUUUCGUGUAAACACGUGUGGCAAGUGAUUUCCAGCAUGAUGAGUUCAACGCUCUCAUGCAACCGCAAUUGUAAAGUCUAAUUUAACCUUAAAUAUAUAGCGGGAUUCGUGUGCAGAUUGAUUUGCUACUAUUAUUAAACUAAAACAUUUUUUGUUAGCCUUUACUAAGUUUGCACAAUAGCUAUCCCCAGCUAGGCACAGACCUUAGCAUUGCAUUGGGUAGCUAGCCAGAAGUGUUUUUGUUGAAACUCUAGAAACCGAAACAUGUUGUCAGAUUUGGACCUGGUCGGGACCAUUCAAGACCAUGAUGAUGUGCCAGAGGAGCCAGAUUCCGAGUCUGAUGACGAAGCUGAACAGCCGAUUGUCCUCAACAAGAAGAAGAAAGCAUUAAAACAGGGUCACGGUGCUGGGGACUUCAGUGCUGACUUCGAGUUUGGAGAGCAGGAUGGACUAUACAGCGAGGACUGGGCAAUGGCUGAUGUGAUGGCACAGCUGAAAAAAAGGAAAGCCCCAACCACCUUGGAUGAGAAGAUUGAGAAAGUACGCAAGAAGCGCAAAACAGAGGAGAAGUUUGGGGCAAAGACAACAGAAAAACCUGUGGAUCCCGUAAAGGAGGCAGAGGACUCUGAAGAGGAGGAGGAAGAUGAUGGUGAAGAGGAUGAGGAAGAUGAGAAACCUGAUGUCACUCAAGAUGGGGCUGAGGCAUCAGAUGACGAAGACGAGGUUGACGACGAAGAGGAGUUUACAUCAGGCGAUGAAGAGGUUCUCACAAAAGCAGACACUGUGAGAGACAAAGGCAGAAAGAAGAAAAAGGCCGAAGAGCCCCCAGAGGCCUUCUUUGCUGAUGCCUCAGCCUAUGAUGACCAACUCAUGUUUCCCGACAUGAACCUCUCCCGGCCCAUUCUGAAGGCUAUCACUGCUAUGGGCUUCAAGCAGCCCACUCCCAUCCAGAAGGCCUGUGUGCCUGUGGGGCUUCUGGGUAAAGACAUCUGCGCCUGUGCGGCUACUGGCACCGGUAAGACUGCCGCGUUCAUGCUUCCGGUCCUGGAGCGGCUGAUUUACAAGCCUAAGGAAGCCCCGGUGACCCGUGUGCUGGUUCUGGUCCCUACCCGUGAGCUGGGCAUCCAGGUGCACGCUGUUGCCCGGCAACUGGCCCAGUUCACCAGUGUCACCACCUGCCUGGCCGUUGGCGGUCUGGACCUGAAAUCCCAGGAGGUGGCGCUGCGGAUGGGACCAGACGUCUUGAUCGCCACGCCGGGCCGACUGAUUGACCACUUGCACAACACGCCUUCCUUUGAGCUCAGCCAGAUCGAGAUCCUGAUCCUGGAUGAGGCUGAUCGGAUGCUGGACGAGUACUUUGAGGAGCAGAUGAAGGAGAUCAUCAGGAUGUGUGCGUACCAGAGACAGACCAUGCUGUUUUCGGCCACCAUGACCGACGAGGUGAAAGACUUGGCAUCUGUUUCCCUGAAGCAGCCAGUGCGUAUCUUUGUGAACAGCAACACAGACGUGGCGCCCUACCUCAGACAGGAGUUUGUCAGGAUUCGACCGGCCCGGGAAGGUGACAGGGAGGCCAUCGUGGCCGCCCUGCUGACGCGGACGUUCCAGGACCACGUGAUGCUGUUCACCCAGACGAAGAAGCAGGCCCACCGGAUGCACAUCCUGCUGGGCCUGAUGGGCCUGAAGGUGGGAGAGCUGCACGGGAACCUGUCCCAGACCCAGAGACUGGAGAGCCUCAGGCGAUUCAAAGAUGAACAGAUUGACAUCCUGGUGGCCACAGACGUCGCGGCCAGAGGCCUGGAUAUCGACGGAGUCAAAACGGUGAUCAACUUCACCAUGCCGAACACCGUGAAGCACUAUGUCCACCGGGUUGGACGCACUGCCCGCGCCGGCAAAGUGGGCCGCUCUGUGUCCCUGGUGGGUGAGCUGGAGAGGAAGAUGCUCAAAGACAUUGUCAAGAAGGCCAAGGCCCCUGUGAAGGCCCGAGUCCUGCCACAAGAGGUGAUUCUGAAGUUCCGCGACCUGAUUGAGAAGCUGGAGAAGGACGUGUACGCUGUGAUGCGGCUGGAGAAAGAGGAGAGGGCCAUGGCCCAUUCAGAGGCUCAGAUCAGCGUUGCACAGAAGCGUCUGACGCAGAAAGCAGAAGAGACAAACCUCCAGAGGACGUGGUUCCAAACGCAUGACGAGCGCAAGAAAGAGCGCAUGACUAAAGCUCUGGCAGACUUUGAUUUGGCCCUGAGAGGGAAGAAGAAGAGGGAAAAGUUCAUCAAGGAGGGAAAAAAGAAAGAGUUGUCGCCGGAGGACAGAGCCCAGUUUGAGAUCCUCAAGUCCCAGAUGUAUGCCGAGCGUUCUGCCAAGAGGGACCGCAAACCCAAAAGAGCCAGGGCCAUGCCGGCGGACGAGCCAGUCCAAAAAGGAGCGAAACAGAAAGCCAGUAAACCAGGCAACCCGUCUGUAUUUGACAAGGAACUUACAAACACCAGUAAGAAAGCACUCAAGCAGUACAGAGCCGGACCAUCUUUUGAAGAUAAGAAGAGGUUGGGAAUUUCAACAAACAAGAAGGGGGGACGCUUCAAGUCCAAGGCCAAGUUUAGAAGAAGGUAGGAGCCGCAUCGAUGGAGGGGGGGAAACGCCAAAACCUGCCAAUAUGGACGGACGGAUUGACCUACGUUGUAUUUUUAUUGCGGUCUGUCUUCUCAAAGCAGUGCUUUUAUACAUGUCAGUGAGGGGAUAACGGAAAGAGGUAGCCCUGACUACACACAGAAAGAGAAUUUUUCUGAAACCCCGCAUUUUGUCACCCCAUAAUCUUUUCAUCAGACACACCUGAGGUUAUGUAACCACUGAACCAUUCAGUGCUGAGAUUUAUUCACUGUGUUAAUAAAGAUAUAAAGUUGAAUCUGUA